AUGGACCGCCAAACACAUUCCGAUCUAUCCGCUGAUGCACGUGAUCUUGACGAACUAAUCUCCCAGAUGAAGCAGAUUAUUGUCGAAUACGUUAACGACAGCCAACGAGAAAAUGCUCGAGUGGUGGACUUUAAAACACCAGACGAGUUGGAGAAUAUAAUAGAUUUUGAUCUGAAAGAAGUAGGGAUUGGCAAUGAUGGUAUUAUUUUGUUGGUAAAAUCUAUUAUGCAAUAUAGCGUUAAUACUUGGAAUCCCUGCUUCAUGGACAAACUCUACGCGGGAACCAAUCCCGUGGGAAUUAUAUCGGAAAUGCUGAUUACUAUACUCAACGCGAAUGCACACGUGUAUCGCGUGUCUCCCGCAUUUACUCUAAUUGAACGCAUUAUUGCUGCGCGUAUUGGUAGAAUGUUAAAAAUGGGAGAGACAAGUGGUGGCGUUACAUGUCCGGGAGGAGCAUUUUCUAAUCAACUGGCAAUGAUUACGGCACGAAACACUAUGUUUCCAGAAAUCAAAACACAAGGAUACAGCUCUUUUAAAAAUAAUUUGGUUGUAUUCACCUCAGAAAAUGGUCACUAUUCAGUUGACAAGACAGCCAUGACUCUCGGUAUAGGUACCGAUAACAUAAUUAAAGUACCUUGUGACAACAAUGGAAGAAUGUCGCCAGGCGAUUUAGAACGAAUGAUUAAUCAAUCAAUAAAUUCUGGCAACACUCCUUUCUUUGUCAAUGCUACGGCAGGCACUACAGUUCUUGGAGCAUUCGAUCCUCUACAAGCCAUUGGCAGAAUAGCAAAGAAAUAUAACAUGUGGUAUCACAUCGACGGGUCUUGGGGAGGAAGCGUUAUAUUCUCUGAGAAGAGAUUACCAUUGUUGGACGGGUCUGAAAUGGCGGAUUCAUUCACUUUGAAUCCACAUAAAAUGCUCGGCACGCCUCUCCAAUGCUCAUUUUUGCUCAUGCGGGAUUACCGUACGCUUGCCAGAUCCAACAGUCUCCGAGCAGGAUACUUGUUCCACGGCCACGAUUACGACUUGGGCGACGGUACUGUUGGAUGUGGUAGACGACCGGAUGCAGUAAAAUUAUUCUUGGGAUGGAAGUACUAUGGGAUUACUGGAUACGAACGACGAAUUGAACAUGCCUUUAAUAUGGCAAAGUAUCUUUCUGCUUUAAUUAAAGCAAAGAGUAAAUUCAAACUGUUAAUGGAGCCAGCUUGUUUACAAGUGUGUUUCUGGUACUCGCCCAUUGAACUUUGUGAAAAUAAUUACGAUGUGUAUAGAAAUGUUUUGGAUAACGUCACAAAGGCAGUACAUAACGAGAUUUGCAAGAAAGGAAUGUUUUUGUUUGACUAUGCGCCAUUGAAAUUAGCCGGAAAAGAAUUGCCAGCAAUUUUCAGAGUGGUAAUUAAUUCACCGUCGGUUCAGAAAUGCCAUUUGGACAAUCUCGUGAAUGAGAUCGAAUCUGUCGGGGCCAAGUUUGAUGAAUUAUUUUUAAAUGUACACCAAUGA